AUGGAGGGAAUUUCGUUUGAACAUUUCCAAAAUAACGAGAACUAAAUGUAACUCAACAAUUACACAGUAUACGGACUAAAUAUGGAUGAAAGACACUGGUGGUUUGCUACAAAGCUGCAAGAAACUUUUCAUGUCGGGCCCUACGACAGCCCUACGAUGCUCGAGGAUUUUAUGGCAGAGCAAACCACUCUUGACUACAUUAAUGACUUUUUGGCUCCAGAAGGGCAUACGAAGCUGUUUUUCUACUGCCCUAAAGCAGAUCCGAAUAGUCUUUUGCCUAGAAAGAUGAAUAUAGCUAGCUCGUGUGCAAAGCUUAAGGAAGUCAUGGAUGGAGAGGCGAUCUGUUUGUAUUUCAUUCGUUCUAAUUUGGAGCGCGUCAUCGACCCUACGUGCGUGGAGAAGGAGGUGUUUUGUGGCGAGAUCAAAGAGAAUCCUUUGGUUCAUUUUAGUUCGUUGCUCUCUGAGAUAUUUUCUCCGAUUCUGCACGCACAGAAAGAUUGGGGUCAUUCUUCUGAGGAAGAAGUUUCGCACUUUUUAAACCAGUUAGACAAGUACACGAACACUUUGAGUGAGUAUGCUACUGCUACAAUUGCACCUCAGCAGAUUUUAAAAAAACCAGAGUCGCAAGUCACGUCUGACUUUAAACAGAACAGAGCAGCUGCAGUGAAUCCUUCCAUUUUGCUGGAGUAUGAGAAUCUUGUUUUGGAUUGGAUUGCGACCAUUGAAAAUAUACUCACUGAUGGACUGGAAGAAAGAUUUGAUCCUUUUGCUGGCCCACUUAGUGAGAUGGAUAAGUGGAAACGCAGACAGAAAGUUCUCACAAGUGUCACCGACCAGCUAAAGAGCAAAGAAUGCAAAGGAGUGAUUGCUAUUCUAAUUACAGCUAAAUCCAAAGUACUAAAACGAUGGAAGGCUAUUGAUGCCAGCAUUACUGAUGCCUUCAAUGAGACUAAAGAUAAAGUGAAGUACUUGGAGUCGCUGCGUAAGUACUUUGAUCAACUAAAUGUGGGUAACUCACUGGUCAACAUCUGUGGCCAUACUCUUCCUGGACUGAUGGCAAGUGUGAGACAAAUGGAUGCAAUUUCACGAUACUAUGCCAGAAAUGGAUAUCUUGGGCUGCUGUUUUCUAAGAUCACCAAUCAGCUUGUGCUAGCUGCAAGAGAUUACAUAGAAUCCAGUACUACAAUCUUGGAAGAAGACAAACUUUGGACAAAGGUUCAAGAAGAAAUAGACUUCUCCUCAAGCCAUUCAGCUCACCUAACAAAAUCGAAGGGUAAAAGAAAGGCAAACAAAGAGAUCUUGUUUGGCAGUGAUGAUGGGUUUCUUUCACGGCUUAAUGUUUGUCUCUCCAUGCAUAAACAGUACCGUGAUAUGAUCAGGAGUUUAAGGGAGGGCCUUGGUGGGUCUCACUCUCUUUCUAUGACACCCAGUGUCCUGCAGCCUGGUGGUGCAAAACGGUCUGUGAUCACUAACAGUAAUUCAAACUUGAUGUCACCAAUUGCUGCUGGUAGCCCCAUCAGGCUCUCAUUUUCUCAAAGCACAAAAAUGAAGGGAGACCAUGAGAGCAUAACCAGUCAUGGAAGCAGUGGCAUUGCCUUUACUGAUGAAGAAUCAAUCAUAGCACACUUGGAUAAUUUUUGUAACCAUAUCCGCAGCAUGAUUGAUGUCAUUCACACUUUGUCGCAGUUCUCUAAACUUGCCAAUGAAGUGCAGAACUUGCCUCGUGUCACCGGGUAUGUUAUAACAAACAGUCAUGAUGUGGAAGAUGAUCAGGUCGCUAGUGAGAUGUACUUCAAGACAGAUGCUGGUGGACUCAGGCCUGCUGGAGCAGCUGCUUCCAUAGGAAGUGGCUCUGACCACAGCUAUCCAGGUUCCCAUGGUAGCAACAAACCAGAUGUGCUAAAGAGCAUGCUAGAGAGCUUAGAUGAAGAGGAAGAGGAAGUGAAAGAAGUAUACAAUUCAGGCAUUGAGUUACAGAGCAUUUCCCAAAUUCUGCUGGAUACGAUCCAUUCUAUAAGAUCCCCAAUGGAGGGUGUUGUUACAACAGAGACCUUCCUUGAUGUGGAAGGCAAAGGCAAAGAAAGAUUUGAAGAACAGUAUACAUCUUUUGUUGCUGGUGUACAACAAAUGGAGAGCUACAUUUGUAAUUAUCUCAAGGGUGUCUUUGAAUUGAAGUUGAACAUCAAGAGGGCUCUUGAAAUUCUGACAAGUUUUAACUGUGUGAUGAACAGACCUGGUCUCAGAGCUGUGUUGUCAGAAAAAUUCCUUGAAGUGUUUGGCUGGUUUGAAACAGAAUUGGAAAAUGUACAGAAAAUCUAUGAGAGCCAAAAGGAGAGCCCUCCUCUUGUUCGCAACUCUCCACUUGUUGCUGGAGCAAUAACCUGGUCAAGAGGCUUGCUAAAGAAGAUUGAAGAUCCUAUGAAGAUCUUUAAAGAAAACAAAUUUGUGACAUCUUAUAGGGACUUUGGUCGUAUCGUCAAGUUUUACAAUCGCAUUGCUACAGCUUUAGUAAAGUUUGAGAACUUAUGGCUGAGCCUGUGGAAGUCCCGUAUUGACAGCGCGUGCAGUGGACUAAAAGUUUCCCUCCUUGCAUUUCACCCUGAAACAAAACAGCUAGUGGUGAAUGCUGACGGAAGGCUUCUUGAACUAAUUCAGGAGAGCAAAUCAUUGAUGAGGAUGGGGAUUCAACUUCCUGAAAGUGCGUUAGACGUCCUUAAACAGGAGCAUCGACUCAAGUCAUACAAGCAAUCACUAGAGCUGGUUCUACAGGAUUACUACAAGGUUUGUCAGAAUGUACCCUCGGCCCUGUACAAGUUGCUUACACCACACAUGGAAUCUGUCUUGCACUACCUACAGCCGGGUGUGUCCACCCUUAACUGGAGCAGCAUGAAUAUCGAUGCUUACCUACAUCAGGUGCAUUCUGCCAAUUCUAGGCUAAAAGAAGUUGUGGACAGUGUUAAAGAAGUAGUGUCUGAAGGAAUAGAGAGAAAGAUUGAGGAAAUCCGAAGGGUGAUUCUCUUUGAUAAAAAGUUGGCUACUGCUCAUGUUUGGAAUGUGGAAAAGUUUGUGGAAGAAGAAAACAAAGCAGUGACUCAGCAGGGGAAGAGAUUACAUGAAAUGGUUAAGGAAGUAGAGAAUGCGCUGCAGGAAGUUGUUGCCACUGCAAAUCAAAGGCGAAUCUCUUCUCCUGCCAGUCCUCAAAUCAGUCCUAGCCCAAGCAUGAGUCUUGGUUUGGACAGAACUGGUGCAAUGACACCUCGCUUCACCAGGAUUGGUACCAUCAUGUCAUCAGCGCCAGGAACGCGAGCUGCAACUGCUGUCAGUGGCUUAACUGACGAGUCAGUCAUCGGUGAUAUCUUUGGUCAUUAUUGCAGUUUGGUUUACCAAGCCGUGCUGGAGAGUAUAGUCUCUUCCUUGCUGAUCAUUGGUGACUGCGUAAAACCUCCUGGGCGCAAAAAGAGUGGAAUUGAAGUGGAGAGCAGAAAAAUAUCAGGAUCUUCUUGGGAUGACUCAUCAGACAACGGGUCUGAAAACAGUGAUUAUGCUGAGUCUGUGAGUUCUCAGUAUUCUGAGUGGAGCACGACUAACCAAGAAGAGCUGCUUCAGUUUGAGGUCAAUGUGCAAUUCAACAUUCCAGACAUCGUCAUAAAGCCGUCUCUUCAGACUAUCCAAGAUGGCGUCCAACGUGUUGCCGUACAUUUGGUUGAUGUCUCUAGGACGAUCAUGUGGUGGGCAGCAGAUGUCAAUGAGUCUUUCCAUCGAUCAGUUGCACAAGAUCAUCAAGUGAAUAAAACAUUAGAAGAGCUCUCUACUUCAGUCACAAGCCUCCAACAAACAGUGGAAAGGCAGCUGUUUAAUUUCCGUCGUUACGACUUCCUUUGGAAGGAUGACAUGCAUGCACUGUACCAGGUGUUUGUCGACAAUGAUCCCGGAACUACCAUGUUUAAGCUGGAGGUAGAGAGACUUCAGGCGAUAGAGCAUGAUGUGGUGGAGAUUCCUGACAGACUUAUGGUGGGCUCAGUAUGUUUGAACACCUCGCCUAUCAAGGACUCCUUGCAUGGAUUUGCAGUGGCGUGGAAAAUGAGAUAUUCUACUCAGCUGCACGAAGAAGCUAAGAUUGAAUUGGACAAGAUAGUUACGCACCGUAACAGCAUCUAUGAGCGACUUUCACAGCCUGUUGUCACUUUAGAUGAACUCAACAGUGCCUUUCAACUUCUCCAAGAACUGGGAGACAUGGAGAACACUAUUGAUGACAUUUACCUACCUGUGGAGAACAUGUAUGGAAAGCUGAGAGAGUACAACCUGUGUCUUCCACGAAUAGAAGUACAAGAAGUGGACAAUCUACGGGAUGAAUGGGUCAAACUGAUAGCGCUUGCCGAAAAGGUCAGAGACGAGUUAUUAGUUCAAAAGCGUGGGAUGUUUGAACAGGAACUAGACAAAGAAGUCAAGGCGUUUGUUGUGAAUGUGAUUCAGUUCCGUAACAGCUUUGACUCUCAAGGUCCAGGAGUGCCGGGUGUGAGACCAGCUGAAGCUGUGAUGAGAUUACAAGACUUUCAACAACACUAUACUCAGUUUGAAGCCAAGCGAAAGACACUAGAUUCUGUUCAAAUGCUGUUCGGAAUUGUUCCUACACCUUUUGCAGAACUGGACAAAACCGGAGAGGAACUCGAACUUCUUGGUUUGCUGUACGGUCUGUUUCAACAAUUCAUCUCGUUUGAUCAAAGGUUUAGGGAUACCUUGUGGUCAGAGGUGGAUCUGGUUGUCGCAAAUCAGGAGAUGGAGCAUUAUUGGCAAGAGUGCCUUCGUUUGCCUCAGAGAAUACAAGAGUGGGAUGCCUACAAAGAAAUGAGAGAUGCCAUAAAACAUUACUUGGAUGUCUUCCCUACGUUGCACAAGCUUAAUUCAAAAGAGAUUCGUAAUCGCCAUUGGCUACAGGUGAUGAGUGUUACAGGUUCGUCUUUCCAGCUUGAAGCGCACAUCUUCAAACUUGUUCACUUGUUGGAUAUUGGAUUACUUCAACACCAGGCGGCAAUAGAGGAAAUAUGCCGAUGUGCUAGUAGAGAGCUGGAGUUGGAAGCCAAAAUGAGAAGUACUGAGGAAGAGUGGACGGAACAGGUCCUUACCUUUGAAAAUUUCAAAAACAGAGGCUUGGUGUGUCUGAGCCAUAGUAACACUGAACAUCUGUUAGACCUGUUGGAGGAUGCGCAAGCCACUCUUGCUCUAAUGCUGACAUCACGCCACAUCGGACCACUUCGUGACGAGGCUGCAGCAUGGGCCAUCAAGUUAAAAGAAAUCAGUGAGGUCCUAGAGCAGUGGUUGACUGUACAAGAUUUGUGGCAACAUCUCGAGGAGGUCUUCAGUCAUGGUGGAACAGCUAAGGACCUUCCACAAGAGUAUAAUCGGUUUGCAAGAGUAGACAAGAGCUACAUGAAGAUGAUGAAAAGAGCGUAUGAAACAAGAAAUGUUUUACAGUGCUGUGUUGGUGGCGAUGUCCCGAAGAGUCAGGUGUUAAAACAUCUUGGCGAGGAGUUGGAGAUCUGUUUUAAGUCGCUUGUUGGAUUCCUGGACUCUAAAAGAAAGGUUUUCCCUCGCUUCUGUUUUGUAAAUGACCCAGUUUUGUUAGCAAUUCUAAGUCAACCCUACAGUUUGGAUUCUGUGAAACCAUACUUCAGAUGCAUCUUCAACAGUGUACGUGACGUGAUGUUAACUCAACAAGAACCAGAAACAGUGGCUCAGAAGAAGAGCUCUAUCCUAAGUUCAUUGCGGAGUAGGAGUGGCAGGGAGGAUCUAAUCUCGCCACUUCCUUAUGCUGAUACAUUUGGGAGUCGUUUCAGGAAGAUUUCUGACAUUGUUGUCCAAGCUUCGAAAGAAUCAGAUACGGGAGUACGGAAGCCAAGCAUUUUGACCUCGACCCUAGAUGCGCGAAACGCUGAACCCGAUUGGCAUAGUCAUCUUCCCAAUAAUUUCGCUGUAGCUGUAACCUCAGAGCAGGGAGAAACUCUGGAACUUAUCACAAAGGUUCCCCUUGUCUCCAGUGUUGACGUGUGGUUGGCUGCGUUGUUGAGGAGUAUCACUGAAUCUCUGCGAUCCUCCAUCGUAGAUUGUAUUCAGGAUAUUGACUCAGGACUUAGUCUAGAAGAGUGGAUUUUCAAGUAUCCUUCACAGACCUGUAGAUUAGGACUGCUUUACAUCUGGACAAGGGAAUGUGAGGCUGGAAUCGGAGAUAUUCGUAUUGACCGUAAAGCAAUGCCCAACGCUUCUCGUCGGUUUUGGUCACUUAUCAGCAAGCUGCCAAACCUCCUGGCCAAAGGUUCUUGGAAACACACUGACUCUCCCAUGACUUCCUAUCAUAAACUGCGACUGGAGACCUUGGUCUCGCAAGGAAUGUACUUAAGAGAUGUUCUCGAAGACCUCGGUAGGCGCAAGCUUAGAGAUGUAGUGGACUUUGAAUGGAAGAGAAAUAUCAGGUUCUAUGGAACAGACAAUAGCAGAGCACCUGGGAGGUCACCUUCACUUACAUUAUUGCCUUCACUGGAAGGAGCCGUUAGUCGUGCUGCCAGUUCGGAACCUCCCAAGAUUACAGCUGGUGUUCAGGAGCAUGAGGAUCUUUAUAUUCACAUGUUGGACGCUCAGCUAUCUUAUGGCUUUGAAUUCUACGGCUGCGAUGUUUCCCUCGCCCUUACUCCCAUAACAGAGAGGUGCUUUCUGAGUUUGACACAGGCCGUAUGGAAUGUCUUUGGGGGCUCGCUUGUUGGACCAACAGGAACAGGAAAAACUGAGACAGUAAAGGGUCUAGCAUCUUUGCUUGGUCGUUAUCUGGUCUCACAGAGUUGUUCCCCAAAGAUGUCUUCAACAGCGAUAGGAAAGAUUAUUGUAGGUCUGGCAGAGGAAGGUUGCUGGGGUCUGAUGGACGAGUUCCACAAAAUAAACAUGGAGUGUCUUUCAGUUAUGCUGUUUGAGAUCCAAGCUGUGCUACUCGCUUUGAGAGGUGGACUUUCUACCUGCACUUUGGAGGAUGGAAAGGAUGUCACUGUUAAACCCAACUUUUCCAUUUUCCUCACCAUUUGUUCCAAUGGACACAAUUAUGAAUUCCCGCCUGAGGUCCGUGCUUUGUUUCGUUCUGUUGCCAUGGUGAUGCCAGACACAUCUCUGAUACUGAGGGCUCACUGCGCAGGGCAGGGUUUUAAGUCCCCCAAGAUUUUAGCGGAUCGUCUCAAGCUUGUCGCAGAUGUCUGCAAGGAGCAACUAAGUGGAAAGAGUCACCACAACUUCAGCCUGUCGUCUUUUGUGGGCGUCAUACAACAUGCUGGCAACAGGAAAAGCUCCCAGGGACCUCUGGGAAGCAAACUUAAUACCGUGCAAGCUGAUUUGGCGAGACCCUCCAGUACGCAGUCAGUAGCCACACAGUUUGGAGCUGGAAAGGACAGAGGAAGCCAGUUUGGUCAGAAAGACAAAAAGCCUACUACUCCAUCUGCUUUAACUUCUGCUGCCAGACUAGAGCAUUCGUUCGUUUUACAAUCACUGCAAGAUUGUAUUGGUCCAAGAUUAUCACCUGAGGAACUUAACGUAUUUAACAUGGUUCUACGUGAUGUUUUCUAUGGUCUUCCUAAACCUCCUGCCCCAGCAUUCCACAUAACCAAAGUGGUUCAAGAUUUCGAGACAGUUCUCCUGGCGCACACACGGGAGAAAGGUUUUGUCCCUCAUCAGCCUUGGAUUGCAAAGAUACAUCAACUGUGGACUCUCUCCAAAGUUCACCGAGGAAUCAUUGUCGCCGGACCUCCCGGUACUGGCAAAUCCUCCUGUAUCUCAGGACUGGUAGAGACCCUCAGUGAAUGUUCACUGACAAAACACAAGAACACAGGUUCACAGAUGCAUACGCACAAGUUACAGAGAAUAAAUCCAUUAGCCGUGUCUGAUCCAGCUCUGAUGUUUGGUAAAGUGAAUUCAUCUUCAGAUUUUGAGGACGGCAUCUUCACUGCUUACUUCAGGAAGGCCAACAAGGACCAUAGUGUGCAUAAGAUGACCACCUGGCUAUGCUUAGACGCUCCUUUGCAUCAAGGAUGGGCUGAGUUUCUGAGCAGCGCGUUGGAUAAAGGAGAGUAUCUGAACCUAUUGAACGGUGAGAGGCUCUAUCUAUCAGAGUAUGUCAAACUGAUUUUUGAGACAGAUGAUCUGACAGACGCUUCACCUUCCACUGUCUCCAGAUGUGGUGUGGUCUACAUGGAUGAGACUGUGUUGGGCUGGAGACCUUUGGCUGAAGCCUGGCUGGCAAACAGAUCUCCCCAAGAAAGCCAUUGUCUGCAACGAGCAUUUAACAAGACCGUUGAUGUCAUCUCGCAGUUUGUUCACUAUGAAGCAAGACCAUUCAUGAAAGUUUGCGAGGUGGGGCUGUUUAACACGUGUCUCGCAUUGUUAAAGGCAUUGAUCGAGGGCAACACUGACAUUGGUGGCGAGCUUCAUAUUGAGAGGUUGUACUUGUUCUCGCUUAUUUGGUCAUUUGGUGGCCUUUUGGAUGAACAAGACAGGAAGAAGUUCAGCGAGCUGUUACUGUCCCUGACAACUGCCUUGCCAGAUUAUGAUCAAGAAAUCUCCGUGUUUGAUUAUUAUGUUGAUGAAUCUGGAGAGUGGGACCCGUGGCAGUCAAGAGUUCCAGAAGUAAGCUAUUUUGAUGCAGCAGAUCUCCUCGGAGAGGUAUUCGUGGACACAGUUGACACAAUCCGUACACGUCAGUUCAUGGAGUUGGCCAGCGCUUCUGGCAGAAACAUUUUGCUGACAGGUCCUGCAGGAUGUGGAAAAACAUCACUGAUCAGCGACUUCCUUGACAAGCAAGAGGACAAGAACCAAAUUGUAAAACGCUAUGUCUAUUCAGGAACCUCGGGAGCUGCUUCAUUACAGCAUUUUAUUGAACAUAACAUUUACCAUAGACAAGGAUUCGUGUAUGGUGCCAAGAAAGGAAAAAUACUCAACAUGUUUAUAGAUGAUCUUAGCCUUCCUCAGCGAGAUCAAUAUGGAACUCAGGAGGUCAACGAGCUGUUACGACAAGUUCUCGAUGAAAAAGUCCUGUUCAACACCAAAAAGCCUUUUGACCGUCGUAUUUUAGAGGGUGUCGUCGUUACGGCGGCUAUGAACAUGCAGUCAGAACUGGUCACCAGCCAGCAAAUUCCUGAGAGACUAAAGCGCCAUUUUGCUGUAUUCCGUUUACCAGCUCCGUCAGAAGAGUCGCUCUUCACCAUUGUUACUUCCGUAUUGGAGGCCAACAUGGCUCAGAAUCAAGGCAUGGGUUUGCCACAAGAGUUUCACGAGCAGAUAGUGAUGGCGUCGUGUAUGCUGCUCAACAGUUUGCAGGAUGUACUAAGACCUUCGCCAACUCCUGGAAGGUGUCAUUACCUGUUCAAUCUCAGGGAAAUCACGAGGGUGUUUCAGGGGUUAAAAAAUUGUUCAGAGGAGAUGCAGGCUGAUGAGGAAUACGUGGUAUCCCUGUGGCAGCAUGAAGUAACACGAGUGAUUAAGGACCGUAUAUGCCGAUCAUUAGAUAUUAAAUGGUUUGAGAAAACUCUCAAAACAAUUAUUAAAGAGAACUUUCCAGAGCUUCCUGCCAAUUCUCCGUCUUCUCUGUUUAUUACUUUUCCACUGGAUGCAGGACUUUACGCUCAACGUCCUGUGACUCAGGGACGUGUUGCACCAAAGAUCCUUCUUCAAGCUAUAAAUAACAUUGAAGACGUGUCCGCUUGUUUACAAAGCUAUCUGAAGCGUUACAAUGACGAGUUCAGCGGACUGGAUUUAAUGAUCUCAUCUCAUGUCAUGUUUCAUGUUGUCCGUCUGCAUAGAAUCUUAAGUUACAAGAACAGAGGGAAUGCAUUGCUGAUUGGGUCGAUAGGGACUCACCUCAACUCCCUUGCAGCUUUAGCAUUGUACAUGCUGGAGUAUCCCAUUCACCCUGUGGACUGUUCUUAUCCAAACACGUUUCUCGAUGGACUCAGAUCUGCUGUGCGUCAAGCUGGCUGCGAUGGAAAGACCACCACUGUCUUGUUUACUGCACCAGAUUUAAGGGAUGACAUGUAUUUGGACGCGUUAAACAGUUUACUUAUCAGCGGAGAGUAUCCGCCGUUGUUCUCCGUGGAUGAGUUAGACAGCUUGCUGCAGGCUUUGAUGCCAGCCAUCAAGAAGAAAUUCUCCAACUUUUUGGCGGACCCCAUGAAAUUUUUCAUCACUCGUGUGAAAGCCAAUCUUCACAUCAUCCUUUGUCUUCCACCCACUCAUAAGCUGCUUAGAAUUGGCCCAAGUUGUUACCCUGGUAUCCUGUAUGGCUGUCAAAUGGACUUUGUUAAGGACUGGCCUCAGUACGCAUUGGAAGGAGAAGCUAGCCAUUAUCUUAAGAAAUACAACGUGCUCGACGAUAUUUCUGAACAAACUAGAGACAAAGUGGUUGUGUCCCUAUCCACCAUUCAUGGUCACGUGUUAAGAGAGUGUCACCAGAUCCCCUGGGCCGGGGACGACCAUCUCUUGACCAUAGCCGAGUCUCCUCCAGAAGAACCCAGCGCAAGUGAACCGCGCUCGCUGUCAAUCCUACUGGAGAAGAUUAACUUGAAGCAUCAAGACAACGGAGGAUCCAACAUAAUCGGGGACGUAUUUGUCGGGCCCACCACGUAUAUACAGUUCAUGCACUGCUUUAGACACAUCUUUAGAGACAAGAGAAAGGAGGCAAACGAACGAGUUGAUCAACUCACCCGUGCCGUGGCGACCCUGGAGCUAACACGACAAGAUUCCGUGGUGAUCAAGGACGUGAUUUCAGACACCAAAAAGAAGUUGUCUGUUGCUACGGUCAAAUCAGAUGAGUUGCUGGAAGCCCUCACUGCCAAAGCUACAGCGCUUGAGAAACUUAAAGCUAAACUUGGUAUCGGCAGUGCCACUUUAAGUGCGUUUGUUGCACUCAUUGAUAGCGAGAUUGAAGACGAUGACUUAGCUCUAUUGCAGGAUGAUGAAGCGGACGAGUUAGAUGAAGAGUUUGAGAAACUGAAGAAAACCAACAUAAAGAGCCGCCAAUUGAAGGUACUGGAGGCGAUUUCUCACGCAGAGGAGGAAGUAAAGGAAACUAAAGUGGCUUUGAAGAAAUCUGAGGAGCAGGUUAAACACUGGAUGCAUAAGGUUGACAGAUCUCUAUGCGAGCGCCUCAGAGCUUUUCAAAGCCCCCCGCCUAUGGCCGGUAUGGUUAUGGUGAUGGUAAUGGUGUUACUGGGUAGACCGGAGUUUGCUCCGGGUAUCGGAGGAGCGGGAUCCACCCUUCCACCCCCGACUAGGCACGAUCGGAGAGGAGAUCAUAGUUCUUCUCUAGGGACUGGGUCAGAUGAGGCGUCUCGCGCGAGCUCCGCGCCACACAAGAAACGGGGCUUCAAGGAACAAUCUCAGAAGGGAGGAGCACAGGCUCCACUCUUGGGAGUGAAUGCCGAGGGUAAGGUUGACCGCUCGACAUGGAAAGCUAUCCAGCAAAUUAUGAACGACUCGCAGAAGUUUGUCGAAUCUCUACAUCACGUUCCCUGGAAAGAAGGACUACCCGACGACAUCCUCAAGGGUGUUCAGUCCUUUUUGGCCACUUCCAGCGGCGGAGAAGUCUCUGACAGUGACCUGCGCACUGCUGCGCCAGGUGCCAGUGCGAGUACUUACCAGUCUUCCCCUGGUCGAACAAUGAUUACCCCAGAAAAGAAACCACAAGGAAUCACCAUCACAGCAGCUAAAUAUUCAUCAGAGGAUGCUGCGGUUCUCGUGGAGUACACUGUUGCUUUAGUGGAGUACACAAGUCGGUACCAUCCUUACAAAAAGGCUUGCGAUACCUUGGAAGAGCUGAUGACGGAACGUGAAGAGGACGAGAGACGAGCUGAAAUCGAUCAAGAUGCAGAAAACAAAGAAAAGGAAAAGGUAAACACGCCUGAGCCAGAAGUCGAGCUGACCGAAGCUGACUUGCCAGAUCUCCAAGAAACUGUAACAAAGCUGCAGAAAGAGUAUGAUGAUGCAGUGGUGGUGAAACAUGACCUUAGCAAUGAUGUCAGGUCAUGUAGUGAGAGGCUCAAGGCUGCUACCGACUUAUUGCAUAGCCUGAAAUACAUGGAGCGAGAAUGGAAAGCGUAUGUUGACGAGUACACCUCAUCUGAAAUUCUUCUGUCCAAUUGUAUCGCUGCAGCAGCUUUUCUAACUUACUGUGGUGCAAUGGGAGUCGACAGGAGGAAACGGAUGGGCAAGUUUUUCAUGCAAGUGUGCAGGGAUAAUGGUUUGAAAGUCCAGUAUCAGCAUCUCUUUGAUCGUCAUACCCUUCCAGAGUUCCUAAAGGGAAAGAUUGUUCUGAAGACAUGGGAGAACCUGCAGCUUCCAACAGACCCCAUCUCCAUGGAUACUAUAUGCAUCUUCUCACAGGAAGAGAGUUCGGACUCGUGGGCUUUGUUGUGUGAUCCUCAGAGAAUCGCUAUCACUUGGGUAUUGACCAUGUUAGGACAAUCGACACUCGUCAAGUACAAGGAACUUCGUGGUCAUCUGGAGACAUGUUUAAUGGAGGGCACCACUCUUGUAGUGACUGAUGUGGAUGUGAACGAGUUAGAGUUUGAUAGUCGAUUCUACUUCAUACUCCGAAGUCGCUACAGAUUCCUUACAUCAAGUACACCAUUCAAACUCAUGGUUGGUGAGCAUGAAAUUGAGUGCCAACCAGGUUUCAGGUUGGUAUUAGCUACGACGUUUUCGAGUAAAUCUGUCCCAUCUAGCAUAGCGGCUUAUGUGAAUGUAGUUGAAUUUAGUCAGUCACGAGACGGCUUGGAGGAGAUGUUCCUGGAUAGGUUCCUGAGACUUGAAAAACCACGGAUGCAGGAAACAAGGACACAAGUAGUGGAUGAAAUGGUGACUCUUAUGGAAGGUUUGCGUGAAGCAGAAGAGAACAUUUUAGAAUGUUUAGGAAGUGGACAUCGCCUUCUUUACAACUUAGCAGCCACCAAGAAACUUGCCUCUAUAAAGAAACAGCACGAGGAGAUUGUUGAAGGCCAAACACGGUCUCGAGGCAUUGAAAAUUCUAUUCUACAAUCACGUGAGGGAUAUCGACCAAUCGCUCGCCGAGCAGCAGUGAUGUUUGAUGUUGCCAGGAUCAUGGCUGAGAUCAAUACUUCUUACCAGACCUCUCUCGCCCAGUUUCUGAUGGUGUUUGAUGCUGCUAUAAAACACUCAGAAAGAACUGCUGUAAAAGCAGUGGUGGAGAGGUUAACCCAAAGCGCGUUCUACACGGCAGCUCGAGCUCUGUUUGAACGGGACAGGCCUCUUUUUUCCUUACUUUGUGCUAUUGAGGUUGAAGACUCGAGUGGUCGUGUGGGCCCUGGUGACCGCGAGUUCUUGAUUCACCCAUCAUUCGGUGCGGCUGUGAAAACCGCGCUUCAACCCAGUGCCAUGUCUGAAGCUGCGUCUCGCACUCUUUCUAAGAAGCCUUUUGAUUGGUUGUUAGACGAGCAGUAUUCUUAUCUUCAGCUUUUAGCAACCCAUUUUGAGUGGUUUCAGGACGCUUUCGAAAAGAUGACAAGAGAUGGACGUGAAACACAAUGGAGGCAAAUUACGGAACAUGAAAAACCUGAGCUGGUUGCCCUUCCAGACGGCCUGGACGAUAAAUUUACUCUGAUUCAGAGGUUCAUGGUGAUCCGAUCCCUCCGUGGAGACCGCUUGAUGCCAGCUGCAACGUGUUUUAUUACGUCUGUUUUGGGAAAGAAAUACACUACAGAAAUGCCACUGGACUUACCGUUUGCGUAUCGUCAGAGCGAGAGUCGCACACCAAUUGUGCUGCUGUAUACCCAAGAAGCCAAUAUGGUGGAAAAGUUGGUUAUUGAAGGAGCGCAAAGGAAACAGGUGGAGUUGCAUGUUCUUGCUCUAGCAAAUGUUGGAAUUGGCGAAGAACGUGCGGCAAGAAAGACGAUCCACAAGGCCAUGGUACAGGGUCACUGGGUUCUUCUUCAUAACGCACACAAUUCACCCCGUCUCCUGGCAGCACUUGACUCGUUCAUGCAGGAGACCAAGACAGUGGACAGCGAGUUUAGACUGUGGGUGUCCGUCCACCCACACCCAGACAUACCUUCCUCUCUUCUGCAAUCUGCUGUAAAGGUUGUAGCUGACUCACCAAAGAACACAAAAGACAGCUUGCAGCGGUCCCUUCAGUGGGUUGAUAGCGAACUGAUGCGAGUGAGCAUGCGUCCAGAGUGGCCUGCUCUGCUUCAUAAUCUGUGUAUGUUACACAGUUUGGUCCGGUUACGAACAAGGUUUGGCUUGACUGGCUGGAACAAGCCUAUGGACCUCAGGAACAUAGGGACUGCGGAACUUUGGCAAGGGUUGGAUCUGGCUGUACGCGAGUUUCAAGACAAUGCAGAUAUGGCAUGGCAAGGGGCUGGAUCAACGAGGCCUAUCCAGUGGAAUGGAUUACGGUAUAUGUUAACAGAGGUUGUGUACGGCAGAGGUGUGAGUGAUGAAUUUGACCGCCAGGGCUUGAGUGCCAUGAUUGAUUACUGGAUCAGUCCAGCCGCAGUCAAACGGGAAUUUGAAGCUUCAAAGAUCAAGUACAAACUACCAUCAGCUUUAUUCAGUAGCAACGUGAAACUAAACAGCGUGUGGUCAGCGCUUGAGGGGCUUGCUGGUGAAAGUCUUGAAGUUCCCGAAGCAUGUGGCCUACACCCCUCUCCUGAGACUCAGCUGGGAGACGAACAGUACGUUUUCACUCGUUUAAACUACCUACUGGAUCGUAUGGCUUCGUCCGACACGCUCACACACGCUGUUACGGAGCCAUCCACGCUCUUGCCCUCCUCAGGUGUUAUUCAGCAGAGUUCAGCUGCGCACACCAGUGGGGCAGGGUCAAUUAGUAUUGCUGGGGCGGGAGUGUUCGCUAGUGCCAGUCUAGUUUCGUUUCGUAGUCGGAAGGAAGUUGAUCUAAACGAAGUAUGCACGACAAUGCUGGCGAAGAUUCCAAAAGUUUGGUCGAAGGAGAGUGUCUACGAACGGAUGAAGAAGACUGGAGGUCCAAACUCCUUUAACCUCUUCGUCAUAGCUGAGAUGGAAUGUAUGCAUAGACUAUUGGCGUGUGUUCGCGAAACUUUAUUGUCAAUCAAGGCUGCUACUGAGGAGAGUCUCUGUGGUGACCGUAUCAGCGAGGAGUUGCUGGACUCUGCUGAUGACCUGUAUCACAUGAGAAUUCCUAGCAAAUGGAGUCAGCUAGGAGGAGAAUCCUCCCCUCCCCCCACGUGGAGUUUAGCCGCCUGGUUUACCGACCUUGGAAACCGGUUUUCGCAUAUUGACCGAAUUAUUGUGCAGGGUCGUGAAAGAGUACCGGCAUAUUGGCUUGGAGCCUUCUUUAACCCACGGCGUUUUCUCUCCAUCAUCAAACAGGAGGCUGUCAGAAACUAUGAAGGAAGAGUUUCAGGAACAGAACCGUUUGUGUAUCAAACAGAAAUCACUGGAAGAGAUAAAGAUCACUUGAGAGAACCACCACUAGACGGAAUGUUCGUGUACGGUAUCUAUUUGUGGGGCUGUGCCUGGGAGAAAACCACCGGGGACCUUUUGGACGCUCCUCCAAAGUCAGGCCCAACCCCUCUCCCUGUGGUACACAUUGUUGCUCUUCCUCAGACUGAGAAAGCCUCCUUGAAUGACCCCGUGCGUGCCGCUGUGUCUUACUCGUGCCCAUGCUACUCGUCCAGGAUUUGUCAGCGAGAGCCUGUUAUGCUUUUGGACGUGGAUAACAAAGAUGUUCCUUCCACGCGCUGGCCCCUCAGGGGACUUUCUAGUACAUUGAGACCUUUUUAAGUGCCUUCUGUAGACACUUGAAACUUAUGCACUAAUGGCCUCAUUUGAAGUAGAACCUUUAUGAGUUCUUUAAAUAAUUACUUCCGUUAUAUUCCAGAGGUCGUUUUAUUGUGCUGGUCUAUUCCUCUGGUUCUUUACUCUGCUCAAUUGUUCAUGUGUUGGUGACUGUUACAAACGUUAGCACCAACGAGUUCAUUAACCAAAUUCUAGAAGUCGUUUAUUGUUACGUCAUUUUAAGCAGACAAAUUUGUGUGCCAGAGUGAGGUUAAUUAGCAUAACUGAAAAACAGGAGCAAUGCAGUUAAAACAAAAUUGAAAAUUCAUGCUCAUCAGCAUGAUUCACACUUUGUUCACACCAGAUGUUCCGGAGCGUUCGAUCUGUUUUUUUGUUUUUUUUUUUUUACAUCAAAAGAUUAUUCAUUGCUCUUAAGUCUGAGACCAUAAUUUAUUACUUUGUACUUUGGCGAAAUGUUUAUCAUGGUUAAGUGAAUGUAAUUGAUUUCGAUAGGAUUCUUCUCGCCACUCACUUUUGUACAUAA